AUGGAUGACGUCCAAGCUACGGCAAGAUGGGCAAACCGCGUGUUGCGACCUUUGACCUCUAUCUAUCGCCGACUAGAGAAGCACCAAGAAACCCUAUCGAUCAUUGCGACCGAAUCGAGCAAUUCAGAUACGACAAAAAUCGUAAAUACGCAUGAACCUAAUACAUACGAGACUACGAAGGCGCGAGACGACUAUUGCGGAUCAGACGCGGACGAAGAUGACCCAGUCUGGAUUCCAGGCCAGAAGCCCGACAAGCGGCGAACAAGACACAAAUACUCAGCUCGGGGAUUGGGGAACGCAGGGAGGAGGCGAUCUAGACUAUCUAUGCACAGCCCAGAGGCCUCUCGCACUCUGCCUGGCGCAAUAGAGCUUGCGACACCCGUGAUUACCGGGAAAAGAUGGGACAUCCCUUCAAGUGCUCGAUCCCAAUUGUCGGCGGAACAAACCAAGUCAACAAAAAUUCAAGGACAAUUGCAAGCAUUUCGUGAUCGGUACCCCCUUCACAGAAGUCCCUGGCAAGAACUCCUCGACCAAUCCGGGGACUCAGGAUUCGCCAACAUCGCGCAUAACCUUGAUCGCGUCCUGCAAAAUUUUCUUUGCAACACACGUAUUACCAAACAACCCAAUAUCGAAUCCAAUAAAUCUUACCUUGGUGCACGUUCUCUUAUGUCUAUGGUGGUUCGGCGCCUUCCUGAAUUCAUUGCUAGUGAGCAGGAUGUACAAAACGAGCAGGAUGCAGAUGGAGAUGAAGACAUGUGCGAUGCAUACCUUACCGAAUUGGAAUCAUUUUAUGCACCUCACGGGAAAGGAUGGAAACCGCUUCGUGAGGCAGUUCGAGCUCAAGGCAUUUACCUAGUGUCCAUGAUGAUAACGAACAAAUGGCUGACCGAUCCAAUUGCCUGCAUGUUGAUUGAAAAGUGUCGAUAUCACGAACCAGAUGCAUGCGAGGCCCUUCUUUCGAAAUUUUUGUCUACAUGCACGACCUAUCCACAUCCUACUGCCCUUAAGCCUUCCGUUGACAUUAUCAAGCCAGGAGACCCUGUGCGGCUGCUGCGAAAAUAUGCCCAUAAUGGUCCAGCCCAUCGCUCCUAUAUUUUUGAUGAACUCACUCAACUUCUUUUACGUGGAGUCUUACCCCCAGAGUGGAUGGCAACUAAGUCAUGGACUAGUUGGAUGACUAGGGCCACAAUAUCAUUUUCAAAAGGAGAUGACGAUUGUGCAACGGCCUCGAGAUUAAUUGAAUCUGUGCUCAUCUCGGCAAGUGAUCUUCGCCCAACAGCUACGGUGACCAAGCCUAAAAUGCUUUCUAUUAAAAAUCAUAUUCCUCGUGGAAGAAAGACCCGGGCGUCGUCUGUUUCUAUGGGACACACGCCUGACCCCUUCCGACCCUGUCCUGUGCCAGUAGAGGAUGCAUUGAGCAACCAUGUGACAAGCCUUUUGGCAGCGCUUUGUGGCAUGCAUAUCUCACGGUCGCGACAGCCCGGUGUAGCUGAGACCAUGGAUGGCACAAAGGCUGGGCACAUUAUCAACUACCUUUCUUUUACGCUUGGGCGAGAUAUGGAAUCAAAGCCACUCUCCCAUGUGACUUCUCUCACACCUCAUCAACUAUUACGACGUGGAUGCGUAUUACUGGCAUCAUGGCUUGUACAGUGUAACGACACAGGCUUGAAGGGCGAUACGAAUUUCCUGAUAGCAUCAAGUGCAUGUCUUGAACGAUAUUGCGAGGCUUUGGCAUCUCGCUCGGAUCUUAUCAAAGAACUGGCAUCAUUUAUGCGACAGAGUUUCCGGUGCUUUGGAAGCGCUACGGAUAAUGAACGUCUUCACAUGGGUCGAGAGGUGAGGCAGAUGGUCUCACGACUCCCUUAUAUAACGAAUGCUGUAGGACUGUCGUCAUUACUCAGGCGCGUUGCCGUUGAGGCAGCUAUGGAAUUCGCCGAGGGGACUGGCGAACCCGACGAUCAUCUGUGGGCCGUUGAAAUCCAGGAGGCAGUCAUUUCUCUCCAGGGCCAGAAGGAUGUCAGCUCAGAAUCUGCGGAUGACACCGAAGAUCAAGGACCGAGACGAGGAUAUCGCUGGGAAGAGAGCAUCGGGGAGUGGGUUGCUCGCACGCCAGCAGUCAAGAUUCAUCCAGUGCCUAUGGUUCGGCCGAGACAGCGAGUCUUGGCCACCUCUAGGCCCAAUUCAUGUAUUCCCUGCUCGACGGACAGUAGCCCGCUACUAUCAGAUCGAUCGACAGAGGCUGCAUCUAGCUUGACGUCCUCGCCUCCAUCGAUUGGGACCAAACGAACAUUUGAUGUGAUUGAUUCCUCUCCUUUGCAGCCGGCGAAACGGCGACGACCGGCACCUGUUGUUAUUGUGGAAAAUCCCGAUAAAGACCUCCAUAGCAAAAGUGGAUCCUGGGCUGCUCCUGCCCCCAUCUCCCCGUCACGAGAACCGGUUUCUUCUCACCGUCGGGUCCUCCGCCAGAUGUUAAAUUACAAUUCAAUCCAGCCAUCUGCGCCCCCGAGAACCAAGCGCCCAGCCAAGGUCGAGGUGGUGGUUAUCAACAGAAAAGAAAAGAACAUGAGCGAAGACUCUGGGCCGUCCAUCCCAGGAUCAGGCGCCCGGUCGGCACCAAGAGUAGAGAAAGAACUGGUCGAGAAGCAGAUCCAUCGAACGGUGCCACGAAGGUCCGGGCGACCUCGAACUUCCUACGUCCCCGCUGCUACCACGCGAGUGUCCCCUAGGCGGAGUUCGAUAGUGGUCCCCUGCUCCGAGGAGGAUAGCGAGGACGAGCUGAGCUUUCUCUAA